AUGGCUAGAAGGAAGGAUCUUUCUUCCUUUGAGAGGGCUGCCAUCAUCGAGUUUCUGCUUGAAGGAAGCAAAAAUGGAAAGCCAUCUCGAGGGAAGAUCACUGCUGCUGUUCAGAGAUGGAGCUGCUGCCGGCGGACGAUCAGUCGUACUUGGGCAGCUGCAAAAGAACGAAGAGCAAAUGGUGAGGUAAUGAGUUCGGUGAGUAAGAAAAUAAUGAGACCAAGGAGAAAACUUGUAGCUCUGGAUUUACAGUUAAUUGCUAGCCUAGAUUUGUCAAAAAGAUCAACAAUUAGAAAGCUUGCAUGUGGGGUUAAAUGCAGUAAAAGCACAGUGGGUAGAUGGGCAAAAACUGGACUGAUCAGGGCUCAUUCGAAUGCAAUUAAACCUGAUCUCACAGCUCCAAACAAGUUGCUUAGGCUACGGUUUUCCUUAGAAGCUCUAGAAUAUGAUAGGAUUAUGAGGAGUUUGACAUUUAAAAGCAUGCACAACACAGUCCACAUUGAUGAGAAAUGGUUCUACAUCACAAAAAGUGCACAAAGGCCAGUGUUUGGGGCUAAUGGUGAGUGCUUGUUUGAUGGAAAAAUUGGAAUUUUUCCAUUCACUGAACUUGUUCCAGCAAAAAUGAACAGUAAGAACAGGGCUGCAGGCACUAUGGAGUGGAAGCCAAUUCAAAGCAUCACCAAACAAGUGGUGAAAGACUGCCUGAUAUACCAGAUAAUUCCUGCUAUUAAAGCUAAGUGGCCAGCCAAUGCAAGCAAAACCAUCUUUAUUCAGCAAGAUAAUGCAAGGCCUCACAUUCAAGACUCAGACCCUGAUUUCAGGGCUGUUGCUUCAGCUGAUGGCUUUGAUAUUCACUUGGUGCAUCAACCACCAAACUCCCCAGACACAAACAUUAAUGAUUUGGGGUGGUUUAGGGCAAUACAAAGCCUCCAAACUGAAUCAGUGUCUACAAAUGUGGAUGGCCUAGUGAAUGCAGUGAUUAAUUCAUUCAAUGAGUUAAGCCCAACAACUUUAAAUAAAGUUUUCUUAAGCUUGCAAAGUUGUAUGGUGGAAAUUCUGAAAGUGAAGGGGAGGAAUAGCUAUAAGAUCCCUCAUUUAGGGAAUGAUGCUUUGAUUAGGCAGGAUAUGCUGCCCUUGAAUCUCCAAGUUCCAAGUGAACUUGUAAGGGAGUGCAUAUCCUACCUAAUUGACAAUGGAGCUUUGUCAAUUAGUGAUACACUAAUGCAGAAUUUGGGAGUUAAUGCAGGUUCCACAGAUGAGGUUGAGUUGAUGGUGCAUCAACUUCAAAUUCAAUCAACUGAAGUUAUGUGA